AUGGAUGAUUGGACAGUUGAAGAUGCAAUAAAAGUUAGAGGCUUAGGAGUAUUGAGGAACGGCAGCUUUGAUUACAAAAGUAGUAACUAUUUAAAAUAAUUUUAGCAAAAGGGAUCACUCAAAAAGAUUUAUUGGUUGAAACAUUAUAAAAUUAUUUAUAUUCUAUUCAACUCAUUCCUUAAUAUGGUUCGAUAUUCUAGAGAAUAGGUGACAACUUUUUAUAACUUCUUAGGUAUAGCAAUAGGGAGAUUGGGUAAUUAUAAUGAUGAAUUGAGAUACUAUGAUAAAGCGAUUGAAAUAAAUAAUCAAUGUUACUUGGCUUAUUAUAAAAGAGGUAACGAUUAAUAUUUGAUUAAAUAGGAAUUCUAAUGAUGAGAAGGGAAAAAAUAUUAGGCUCUUUUAGAUUACACCAAGGUCAUAGAUUUGGAUCCAAAGAAUAUACAGGCAUAUAAUUAAAGAGGUAUCAAUAUCAUUUUAUAUGUAAUUGGAAAUUUAUAAUAUUAUUUGGGGAAUUGGGAUAAGGCCCUCAUAGAUUUUAACAAUGUCAUUGAACUAGAUUCUCAUCAGCCUUCCAAUAAUGCAUCGUUUUAUUAUAACAGAGGUAAUAAACUUUGUGUUGAGUAGGAUUUUUUUAUUAGCAAAUGGGAAAUAAGAACCUCGUACUAGAUGCUUAUAGAAGAGCUAUUGAAUUAGAUCCUGAAGAUCCUUAAAGUAUUGUAACAGAGGUAGCUGUUUAUUUUAUACUUAAUAGGAAUGAUCUUCAAAGAAAUUGAUGAACAAGACAAGGCACUAAUUGAUUAUAACAAAGCAAUUUAGUUGAAUCUAAAUAAGGCUGCUUUUUAUUUUCACCGAUGUACUUUAUUUAUAAUGAUAUAUAUAGGGAUUUUAUAUAAUAAAAUAGGAAAUAAAUAUUUAUCUCUCUCUCUCUCAAAUUAUAAUUAGGCUAUUGAUUUAGAUCCUAAUGAUUUUUAGGCUUAUUAUAACAGAGGUUAUCAAUACAUCAUAUUGAAUAGGAGCCCUUUUACUUAAUAAUGA